AUGGACCUUUGGGACAUGAUGGAGCCCGACCAAGUGGCACUGGAUAUCCUGGCUAGCUGUUACGCCCGUGGACGGGAUAUCAGCCGCUCGCUGGCCGGAGGCGUGAACCAGUUCGUCAUCCACGUAUAUCCGUAUUCUGGCUACUACCCGAACACGACAUGGCCAGGUUUCACGACGUUCACCUACCUAUUCUCAGAGCAUGGCCGGCAUCAACCGGCGUGGGACUUCUACCGGGAUUCUACGGAUUAUGUGGCCCGGAAUCAGUACGUCUUCCAAUCUGGCGUGCCGAAGGUGGAUCUGGCUUUCUAUUCGAAGGUCACGAGCUAUGCAACGAUCCAGUCUUUCUAUCAGCCCAAUGAUCUCGUUGAGGCGGGGUAUACUUAUGAGUACAUCUUGUUGGAUGACUUCAGCUUGCCGGAGGCGUAUGUUACUGAUGGGGUCUUUGCGCCGGAGAGACAGAGUUUCAAGGCUAUGAUUGUCAGGGCGAAUGAUUCCAUGACUGUGCAAGGUGUUGAGGAGCUGGUCGAGUACGCUCGCGCUGGCCUGCCGAUCGUGUUCUCUGGCGGCGUGCCCUCUUAUCUCGUAAGCUAUAAUGCUUCCGGCGAUGCGUACGCCAACAGCGCCCUGCAGAGUCUGGUCUCGCUCGAUAACGUCCACGUGGUGCCUUACGAUAAACUUACAGCCUCGAUCGCAGCUCUUGGCAUCAAGCCGAGGACUACAAUCGCGGCGUCGAGUAUCUGGUACACGUACUGGCGGCGCGAGGAGGAGGCGAAAGCAGACUAUGUGUUUGUGUACAACGACGCUCUUGGUGCUGCAUUCAAUAUGGGACGCUCGCAAGGCACGGUUGAGUUUGCAAGCACAGGGACACCUUACUUUUACUCUGCAUGGACGGGCGAUCAGACACGUAUCCUGAAUUAUACGCAGGCAGCCAAUACUACUUCCAUUUGGCUCGCGCUUGCGGGCAAUCAGUCGGUCAUCGUUGCGUUUCACAACGAUGGACAUGGGCGGCAGCAACACGGUCAUGGCAAGGAAUCAGAUCACCCGGCCCUGGAGACAAAGACCGGCGAUGCUAUAAUUCUGGAGAAUUGGACACUCAUAGCUGAACAUUGGGAUCCACCGGCGAACCUUAGCGACAUUGAUCUGAUCGCGGUGAAGCACAAUACCACGCACCACCUCCCGCAACUUGUCUCCUGGCAAGCGAUUCCAGGCCUGCAGAACGUCAGCGGACUUGGGUACUACAACACGACCUUCAACUGGACGAGGCCCACCGCCCACUCCCAUAAGUCCUCGCAAAGACAUACCGCAAUAACAAUAGACUUCGGCGCCAUCGUCCACACUAUCCACGUCUCUAUCAACGGCCACAGACUACCGCCAUUGGACUUGGCAUGGGUUAAAGCAGAUAUCAUGCCAUACCUGGUCGAUGGCAAGAACGCAGUUGAAGCGGUAGUUGCGACCACGCUGUACAACCGUCUAAAGCCGAUGCGCACUGAGCUGGAGACCUGCGGUGUCUUUGCAAGCUUUAUGGAUACAGACGAAGAGCCAUCGGGACCAUUCACGGAUCCAUCGAGGGACUAUGGGCUCUUGAACGCAGUUAUUGUCACGCCUUACACCGUUACACUGCGCUGA